AUUGUCGAAUGUCCAACACAAUCAAAAUUUGUAAUUGAAGAUCCAAUAAAACAAAAUAUCGUAGAAGUAGAUAUUGUACCUAAUAAAAUUAUUGAAAUACCAAAAAAAAUUAAUAUUGAAAAACAAGCUGUAAGAUUAAUAGUAAUCAGGCGAAAAAAAAUUAAAAAGCAUAAAAGGAAAAAAUUUCUCAAAAAAAUGCGAGCUAUAAUAGAAAAACAAGAGGUAAGAAAAAAGCAAUUAAAAAAAAAAAUAUUUGAGGCAGAACUGAAGGUGAUGACAUUAAAAGCUGUAAAAUUUAGUGCAAAAAAAUAUGUUGAACAACGUAUUGAAUUAUUAAAAAGAACUAGAUUACCAAAUAAAUAUAGGGGAGAAUAUUUACCUGAGGAAAUGAUAUUAAAAUUUAUCAAAGAAAAGGAAAGACAGAAAAGAUAUAAACAAAGAUUACAUAAUUAUAGAUUAAAACUUGAAUGA